CUGCCAAGUACGGUUGGACACCAUUUUGAUAUACAAAGCAUUUUUCGCCAGAAAUUUUGACGAUUAUAAUCGCUUUUAUAGAAUACAUUAAAAGUGUGUAAAUAAAUAAUUUAAUCUUUAAUAUAUAUUAAUGGCUGCCAAUUGGAUAAAAAUUACUGAGAGAGCACGAGAGGGUAUAAAAAUUAUAAAUGCGUUACCAUAUGAUACUUUUACAACGGUGCUAAGUUUUGUGCAUAGGCAAAUGAUACCUGCGACCACUGAGGACGCUAUAGAGCCAGAAAAUGCUUUGGAGGAGUUGGAACGUUUAGUUGGUGUACCACGUGCCGAUUUUCUUCUAAUGAUUAAAACUUUUUCCUACAUUUUACGACGCACGUCUACAUUUGUCGGCGAAGACAUCAUUUUGGAGAUGAACCAUGAAGAGUUGUUGCAUCAGUUCGACUGUAUUCAAAACGAAUUAGAUGUCUUAACACAGACCGAGCAAAAGGCUUAGAAAUUGAUAGAAAGUUCCUUCGUAAGUACGUUCAAUGUAAAAUAAUAGUAGUAUUGUUAAAUUAAGUUAAACUUAGUAAAAUUUCACUAAAUUUUGCAAUACGUUUGAUGACAUUAGUUUAGGAAAAUUUAUUAGACUUUUGUAAAACAAUUAAUCAAAAGUAAUAUUGGUGCAAGGAAUGCAAUGCAAUUAGUCAGCUUUAUAGCAAAGAUUUUUUACUUGUAAAAAAUUGUGAUCUUGUAUUAGACUCAGGAAACGGGAAUAACUCUUAUUUGAAAAUAUAUAGCUUUUGGUAAUUCCAGAUUUUAAAAUUGAAAUGAAUUACAUUGGGCUAAUUAUAUCACAUGAUAUCAACACUUCAGAUAAUGGAGGGUUGGACCGGCUACCAUCCUUUCUUAUAUAGACGGGCAAGCGGGUGGGUAUUUGGGGUCAGAUCACACGAAUCGGUCACAUGAUUUAUUUGAGCAUUCUUAUAUAGCAAGUGGUUUCAUAAUUAGGUGUUCUUUGGCGAAUUUAGGACGUGCUACAUAAUUUUUUAAACUAUACUUUUCGAGGACUAUGGGCAAUAAAUUAUGUUCACGGGGAAGUAUGUCCGCCCUUUUUUUUGAUACAGAAAACAUAUUUUUUGUUUGAUAAGAUUAAAUAUGUAUUUAGUAGUAAAAAUCAUCUGUUUGCAUCCGCUCCUUUCACUAUGAUUUUAUUCUAUAUAAUUAUAUAUCAAUAUAAUUAGGUUUAAAUAGUUACGGUAAGUGUUUUACACUUGCUGUUGUGUAUAAUUGUGUUAUCUCUAGUACUACUCUUCACGCCUUGUCUUAACUAGGCAUUACAACCGUGAUUCAGUUUCGUUACGGCAUCUACUUGUGUCCGUCUCCUAGCUUUCUGCUGUUAAUAACUCAAUACAAUUUCUUUAACCCUCUCAUGCCCGAAUUAAAAUGGGCGUGGCUAAAAUUUUUUUGAGUAGACUUAUAAGCUAGAGUUGACCGCAAUAUCAACUGACAAAAAUUUCAAUGUCCUAGGUGUCCUGGUUCAAGAGCUGCAGGAUGUUGCGUAUAUGGGCAAUGGGGUUAUAUAUUUAAAGUCAAGUUGAUUUUUUUUUUUUCAAAUGCCGUUUAUUUAUAUUUAUGUAUGAUAGGACACGAAACAAUUUUUUUUGGGGAUUGGAGCACAAAUGCACAUUACAUUUGCUGCAUUUACAGCUUGGAAAUCCAGUGCUGCAUACUCUACAUCUUCCUCUUGUUCCCCAUUCCGGCCAAUGAUUAUAACCAUCAAGUCGUAUUGAAUUUGCUGGGUCUGCAACAUAAGCUCUUUUACAGGGGUUUGAUUCGGAGCCCGUAGAAGGAGCGGGUGAUGAUGGAGCUGGUGAUGAUGGAGCUGGUGAUGAUGGAGCUGGUGAUGAUGGAGCUGGUGAAUUCAUUGUCAAAAGGAGUGAUGAUGGACGACCUCUCUUUUUGGCGACAACUGUAGUUUGACUUGCGUUCAAAAGCUCGGAACCAACAUCCAAUUGGAAAUUUAUGAGUGGCAUAUGCUUCAAUUCGCCGUCUGUAUGUGUGAUGUCUCUGCGGUACAACAACCAACUGUUUACUAAACUUGAAUUUAUGCACCAGUAUACUAUCCGCAUGUACCAUUUGAGCGUUUGUUGAUUUUGUACAAUUCAAGCAGCAUGUCCGCAAGAUCAA